GUAAAAUUGGAGGGAGUAGAAGUGCUGUCAGAAGAAGAAAAGAACGAACCAAAAAAGCGCCUUGAACGAAGCAACGAGAAACAAAAUGUUCGGAAUGGCCGGAACAGCAACCGCCACGACAUGCACCGGCACAUCAGUCCGAUGGCAACCACUCCUUCCACCGCUCCGCCGCCGCCAACGCCUCCCCGUAAUCGUCAGUUUCAAAAACAACAACAACAGUAACAAUAAACCAAACGAUAUGGAUAGGGUUUUGAAAGAAGCGUGGCGAAACGCUAACGAUAAGUUCGAGCUUUUUCUCUUCGAAGCUAAAAAAGCCGCCGAACGCAUAGACCGUCGUUACUCUGUUUCGCAACGUGUGUCUUCGGUUGCUUCGGCUGCUGCUGAUAGAGCCCGUGAAAUUGAUAGGGAUUUUGAAAUUGGUGUCAAAUACCGGAAUUUUACUUCCGAUUUUGCCCUUAACUGGCCUAAGUAUAGAGCGCAGAUUAGUAAAUUUUUGGAUAGUCCGGUUGGGAAAAGCUUUACGACACUUUUCUUCAUCUGGUUUGCAUUUUCUGGCUGGCUUUUUCGGUUCUUGAUAAUUGCAACAUGGGUACUUCCAUUUGCUGGACCUCUUCUACUUGGAUCAUUGGCCAACAGCUUAGUUAUUAAGGGCUCUUGUCCAGCUUGCAAAACACAGUUUGCUGGUUACAAGAACCAAGUAGUUCGAUGUACAAGCUGUGGCAACAUUGUGUGGCAACCUAAAGGUAAAGGGGAUUCCUUUACAAGAGGCGGUAGAAAUAACUCAGCAUCAAAGUCAGACCCUAACAUCAUUGAUGUUGACUUUGAGGAGAAAUGAUGAUAUUAUCAAGUUAGCGAUUCUCAUUCUGGACUUGACUCUGCAAACAGAUAUGGAUAGACAAUGCUCAUAUAUAUUCGUUUAUUGUCUCCGGGUUUUUUCAUGAUUGAAGUUUGUUCUUACAUUUGUGCUGUAUGAAGCACAUAUAGUUUGGGUGUAGUUGUAAAUCUUUCUUUAUAAUAUGAUGAUAGUAUAGUCGGGAAAGAACACGAAACAGGAAACAGAAGAAUAAAAAAAAUGUCUGUUCAAAAUGCA